CAAGAGCGAGUAGCGCAUUGCUUCGUGGGUCUUCAAAGGUUCCCCAAGCGAAAUGGUAGCAUCUAGGGCUUGAUUAACAUAAUUCACCUUUUGGACCAUAUAGGAUCUGAAAUCAAAUGUGGGUUUUUGUGGGUCUUGCUCUUCUUCCUUGAUGGUAUCUUCCCUAGUAAGGACAGAAGAGAUAAAAGGAACAGAAGAAACAAGAUGGGAUUUUGUUGGGAAAGCCACCACUGGUAAACCGAAUCUUUUAAAAGGACCAAAAGUUGAGGAUGUGGCUGCCGUCAGUCGGCAACCAGGUGAACCGCUGGUGAUAGAGGAGAUCACGGUGGCUCCUCCAGGUGCCUAUGAAGUCCGGAUUCGGAUUAUCUGCACUUCUCUCUGUUACAGUGAUAUCACCUUUUGGAAAUUGAAGGUGCCUCCUGCUUGUUUUCCUAGAAUUCUCGGCCACGAAGCUAUCGGGGUUGUGGAAAGUGUGGGAGAGAAUGUUGAGGAGGUGAAGGAAGGAGAUACUGUCAUUCCGACCUUCAUGGCAGAUUGUGGAGACUGUGUGGAUUGCAGAUCAAAGAAAAGCAACCUAUGUUCAAAACUUCCUUUCGCGUUGAAGCCUUGGAUGCCUAGAAAUGACACCACCAGAUUCACAGAUCUUAAUGGAGAGCCUUUAUACCAUUUUCUGUUUGUUUCUAGCUUUAGUGAGUAUACAGUGCUAGAUGUUGCCCAUGUAGUAAAAAUUGAUCCUGCUAUCCCUCCAAAUAGGGCAUGCCUCCUAAGCUGUGGAGUAUCAACAGGACAAAGAUUUGGAGUCACAGAAUUUGUUGAUUCAAGCAGCUGUGGAGAUAAAUCUGUGAGCCAGGUGAUCAAUGAGAUGACUGGUGGGGGGGCAGACUACUGCUUUGAAUGUGUCGGUUUGUCAUCCUUAGUGGAAGAAGCCUAUGCUUCCUGCAGAAAGGGUUGGGGAAAGACGAUUGUUUUAGGAGUGGACAGACCAGGAGCACAAUUGAACUUCAGUUCUUUUGAGGUGCUCCACACUGGGAAAACCAUUACAGGAUCCCUAUUUGGAGGAAUCAAAGCUAAAUCUGAUAUUCCAAUUCUCCUGAAACGCUAUGUAGACAAGGAACUGCACCUGGAUGAAUUCGUCACUCAUGAAGUGAAGUUUGAAGACAUCAAUAAAGCCUUCAAUUUACUUAUUGAAGGGAAGUGUAUCCGAUGUGUGAUCUGGAUGGACAAAUGAUUGUCUCAUACCUCGGAUCUUUGCCGCACAUAUAUACUCUUCAAAAGUUGCAACACAUUGGGAAUAAGUGUUCGUGAGCCCUGCUAUUAUCACGUGAGUCACAUCAUUGAAUUCUCCACUCCAUUACUUAUCAAUAUGUCUUUUACUGCUUCCCUCAGUCUCGGACCAGCCACUGUUGUGAACUCUGCAUUUCUUGACAUGAAUAAUUUCAACAUGAUGUAUAUUUGAAACUGAAAUAUUAAGUGAUUUUGUGAUUGAAGAAUAGAAUACUACUACAAAA